AUGCGUUUGAGCUGCGUGUUGCUGAUUGCUUUGGUCGCGCUCCUAUCUAGCUUCGAUCAAGUCUCGACAAAAACUAGUGACGACGCUUUGACGAUGAAAGCGUUGCGCCAAGGAAAUGCUGUUGCUACUGUUACAAACAACAAGCGGUUACUGCAGACUGAACUACCCGGUUCAAGCGCUAUUCUGGAAGACAACGAAGAGAGAGCUUCUUGGGGUUUGAAGAAACUGGUGAACUUGUUCAUGUUUAAAGGAGCCUCGAGCAAUUUUUCCACCGCUAAGUUGACAAAGAUGCUGUCGGAUCCCGCGUUUAAGAGCGAAAUGUUUAAGACAUGGAAUGCGAAGUACAGCACUGAGAAAGUCAUAGCGAUACUCGAUUUAAGCAAGAAGAAGAACAUUCCCUACGGACCGAUGCUGCAAGACUUUCGCAACACCUACGGACGUCGACCAAUUAAGCCGCAGUAG